UAAUAAUCUUUAGACGUGACGAACAAAAUUAAAGGUACAAGAAGCUGAAAUGAGCCUCAUCUGAAGGUUGGCUGGGUAUAGCUUUGUAGAUGGGAUGAGGAGCUCGUGUUAGAGUUGUUGCUCUGUUGCUUCAAGGGGAGCCAGCUGAGGUGAUCCAGUAAAUCUGGAGGGGUGCAUUUUUGACUUUUCACAGUAUAUUCAGACCAAAUCUGUCCCUGUUGUUCUCAAUAUUUCCACGUGACCAUGUGCAGACAAAUAUUAAAUAUUACUGUAGGGGGUGCAGGGGUGCUUUUUUCGGCACAACACCGGAAGGAGGAUAGUUGUGGUCACGUGACAUCAGCUCCGGGCGUUUGUUAGAAGUCUGAAUAGUUUAACUUUGUUGUCAGAGCGGUGACAGAUAAAGUCUAUCUCUUACUGCUUUCUGAAGACCCCCGACGGUUUGGUCGGAGUUGUCAUGUGGAGGGACAUCGCCGGAGGAUCUGUCAGGAGCUUGGGAGCGCGCUGAUCUAUUCCGGAUGUGCCGGCUUCUCUGGACACUCGCCUGCUUCGGACAUCAGCGCUGGAGCGAGAAAAAGUUGACGAGGGAGUAAUACGUUUUGGUCUUCCCUGAGAAGAGCCUCCUUGGUUGUAGCUACGAUCGGAUGAGGAGAAUCUGAUGCGGCUGGAGGACGGAGAGAGGAGUUCUGGUUGGAGUCGUUUCUUAGUGACGAGCGACGCGUUGAUGGCGUUUCUGGAGCGACAUCGAUCCCCUCGUCUCCGGGGCCUCGACGUGGAUCAGGUUGAUCGGCGUGGAGAAAAUCUGGAGCCGGGUUGGAUGUUCCCUCACAGAGGGCUGAUGGAUGAGCGGUCUGUGAGCAGAUACGGUGCUGCAGAUCGAGGUGUGAGGCUCUACAGUUCCCUGCCCAUGCGCCCAAACCCUGACGGCAAGAGACUGCCCUCUACUGGGUUUGAUGGUGACAACAUGUACAUGAAUGAAAACAACCAUGAGUUCCUCCCGCCAAACCAGAGCUACACAGGUCAGACAGGCGGUGGUGGUGGAGGAGGAGGCGGAGGCGGCGGCUCCUCCAGUGGAAACGGAGCCGGGGACGAGGACUACGAGAUCCCCCCCAUCACUCCGCCGAACCACCCCGAGCCUCCUCUUCUUCACCUGAUGGAGCACGACUCUACAGGCUACCUCUGUCACUCGCUGCCACACAAUGGGCUCAUCAACCCGUACUCCUACCCAGAGCUGCCCACACUCAUGAUGUCGAACAUGCUGGCACAGGACAGCCACCUUGUUUCCAGCCAAAUGCCCUCGAUGCAGGAGAUGGCUUUGCACCACCACCAACAGCAACACCAUCACCAGCACCCUGACGGCGCUCAUUAUGACCCCGCCGCCCGUAACCACCCCCUGAUAAACAGCUCACCUCCGAUACUGCCCAACCCCAUGAGUGCACUGUCCCAGCUAAACCCUCAGGUCAGCCGGAGUGCACUGCCUCAUGGCUCCCCCUCACCUCCCGGAAGUAAAUCCGCCACACCCUCCCCUUCAAGCUCCAAUCAGGAAGAGGAGACUGAUCCUCAUGCGAAGAUGGUCUUCCAGAUCACGGGUGAGAAGCGGCCGUCUUCGGAGAUGAUGAAGCCCAAGCCCAAACCCCAAAAAAAGAAGAAGAAGAAGGAUCCGAACGAGCCUACAAAGCCAGUGUCGGCCUACGCCUUGUUCUUCAGAGACACCCAGGCAGCCAUUAAAGGACAAAAUCCCAACGCCACUUUUGGAGACGUAUCCAAAAUAGUAGCCUCCAUGUGGGACGGAUUGGGAGAGGAGCAGAAACAGAGCUACAAGAGGAAAACAGAGGCUGCUAAGAAGGAGUACCUGAAAGCCCUGGCCGCCUACAGAGCCAGUCUGGUUUCCAAGACAUAUAAUGACCCUGUGGAGACAAAAAGUGCCCAAACAAGCCAGGCUUCUCCACAUAUGAUGCCAGCCAACCCGCCCCUGUACAGCGUGCCACCUCCCCCACAGCCGUCAUCGCCAUACCUGGGGCCCGGGGCCUUCCCUCUCACCGACCUGCAGAGCUACGCAGGACACGCCCCCCGCCACACCCUGUCGCAGACGCUCAGCCAAUCGCAGAUGCUGCCCAGCAUUAGUGCCUCUCCCCCUUCCUCCUUCCAGAUCAGCCCACCACUUCACCCCCACCAGCAGCUCUCCCUGCACCAGAGCUCGCUCCUCAACCAGCCUAUCCGCAUGCAGCAGGUCCAGUCCCAACCAAUCAUCUCUCACCAGAUGGGGCUUCAGGCCUCUCUUCACUCCCCACCUCCAGGGCAGCAGGGUUUUUCUCACCUCCAGUCAGAGUACCAGAAGAGUAUUGGGGGCUCCCAGUCUCCAGGAGCCCCUGGCCCUGGUCCAGGCCCUGGAGUGGCUCAGACCCAUGACUGGGACAGUGAAUACUGCAAUCGGGAGUGUGGCAACCACUGCAGUGGCAGCAUGAUAGGCAGGGACAAGCCACUCUACCUCACCUAAAACUGAAGAUCAUACUCUGUCGACAAAUACGACACCGAGGAGUCUACUCUCAUCCCCUUCAUUUCCCUUCACACACCCUGCUCUUUCAACCCCGUCGUCUUCUGAUGCACACACUCACAUGCAGUGCACACUUAACAUACAAUUGCAUACAUAAACAUACAAACACACACACACAUUCCGCCUCCCAAACACCACCACCACCACCACCUUUUUUUUGUCAAUGUAAUUUUUUUUUUUCUUUUCUCAGUUUCUAGAAUUUGUGACCAGAGUUUUUUGACUAGAUGACUACUGUCUGUACCACUUAAUGUAUUAGCAGUCCUCUUGCUGUUUGAAUUUGCCAAGCACUUAUAAAGCCUCCCUCCCCUCCUCCUGAGUUGUGUGUCUAUGGCCUCUGUGAUACAGAGCCGGGCUGUGGAGCACUGCUCUUAUGUGUCACCAUUAAAGUCCCCUCAGGGACCCCAUCCAGCUUUAAUUAGAAUGAGAAGAGAAAAAAAUACUCUUCCUCUUCUUAACUCACUUUAUUUUUGUGUUCCCCCCCUUUUUUUUGUUUGUUGUUUUAUUUAUUUCUGGCUUGCAAAAAUUGUUCCUCUUUUUUUUUUUUUUUUUUUUUUUUUCUUUGCCAAUAAGCGAUGGGCCCUGUACUGUAGAGAAAUAUUAACUUCUAGUAGGUUCUACACAGGCCUUGAUGUUAUGGUAGCUUUGCUUAAGGGCCUGCAAAUUAAUACAAAAAGCUUGGGUGGGGAAGAGAAACAAAACAAAAAAGAAUCUUUUUUUAAUAUUAAAGACCUGUUGAGGUCUACUGAGCUGUCACAGUGUGAUUGUAAAUAUCACUUUUAUGGGAUCAAAUUGGGAAUUGGAAGUCCAGAUAGAUUUGUUUCUUCUUUAAUAUUACAUGUAAGUCAUUGUGUGUGCGUGUGUGUGUGUGCGCGCGUGUGUGUGUGUGUCUGGACGAUAGAAUGUACCGCAUUCAUGAUGUGUGCAGUUGAGUAUGUAUGUGUGUAUGUGCACGGACACAUACUUGUGUGCAAGGGUGUCUCGGUGUUCGAGUGUCGAGUCUUUCUCGUGAAUUUUAACAGCCUUGUGCAGCUGGAUUUCAGAGGAGUAUUUCACACUCUCGUUCUUGCAUUAAAUCUGUGCUCACUGGUGUGUUUUUUUCCAAUAAAGUUCAAUCUAAAACUGAAUACACAAUAUGUGUCCUGCAGAUCAUUAAAUGGAAAGAGCCAGGUGAGAGAUAGAGAGCAAAGAGAUAGAAAAAGAGAAAGAAACGCUGUGAGAUAAAAUGAGAUGUAAUGUUGCAGGUGGGAAAAAAUAAAAAUAAAAAAAAGAUAUUGCCUCAAAA